GAUGCAUGUUGGGAUGGUUUGGUGGUUUUAUUUGAUUUUACUGGUCCAAAUCAGGGCACAGAAUCUGGUGAAGAACGCAGAGCUUGAGUCUACAAGUUCUUGGGACUGUUGGGGGAUACAUUGUGAGGUGACUAACGAUCAUGCCUCGGGUCAACAUGCUGUCAAGGUAACAGGAAGGCAACAAGAAUAUGAAGGACCGUCACAGUUUAUCAACGUCCAGCCCAGCAGUCACUAUAGUGUAACUGGUAUUGUUAAGAUUUUAAAUGACUAUCCUGGAGAACUCGGCCAGAAAAUUGGAAUCGGUGUGGAAUUUACAUACACAGACGGAAGAAAAGACUAUCUUGGUGCGGCAUCACUUCCACUCAUCAACUCUCACAGCGGCUUCGUCCAUUUAAAAGGAGAUUUUGUUUCGCCUUCUAAACCUCUAAAAGCUACUAGGAUUUAUUACAAUGGACCGAAGCCAUCGGUUAACUUUAUAGUAGAUGCCACGACAGUCAAUCUUAUACCAACCAAUAAUAACUGGAGAACUCAAUCAGACCACACCAUUAACACACUCAGAAAAUCAAAUAUUAACUUUCAAAUUCAUGUAGAUGGCGGAAUAGAUCCCAGUCAAGUUCAAAUACAGAUCACACAGACCAAAAAGAGUUUUGCCUUUGGAACCGCUGUUGCCUGUGACGAGUAUAUGUAUGGUCAUCAACAGUAUAAAGAUUUCCUUAAUAAACAUUUUAAUUGGGUGACCACCGAAGGUGCUUUAAAAUGGCCAAGCAUGGAAAGCACAAAGGGUAACAUUAAAUACGAUUUACCGGUCAAUACAAUCAAAGAGCUCAGAAAACACGGAAUCAAAGUUCGUGCACAUAAUAUAAUAUGGUCGGUGCCUACAUUUAUCCAGUCUUGGGUGAAAGCUCUGUCAGGCUCCGCACUCAGACAAGCUGUCAGUCAGAGAAUAACUGGUGUCAUGAGUAAAGUCAAGGGGCUAGUUGAACACUGGGAUGUAAACAAUGAAGAUCUACAUGCGCAAUGGUACCAGAACAGAUUAUCAGAUAUGAAUUAUAACGUAGAAGUCUUCAAACAAGCCCAUAAAACAGAUCCUACUGUUAAACUAUUCCUGAAUGAUUACAAUGUUGUAGCCCAAGGUGAAUUUACACAGGCGUAUCUGAAGCAAGCGCUUCACGUGAAGGGAAGUAACGCUGGUCUGUAUGGUAUUGGAGUUCAAGGUCAUUUUUCCGAUGAAAUGCGGCCAGACCCAACAGCUAUUAAAGCUCGCCUUGAUGUGUUAGCACAGGCCAAGUUGCCAAUCUGGAUCACAGAACUGGACGUCAUGGCAGCAGAUGAAAACACACGGGCGGAUUAUUAUGAAACCGCAUUGAGGAGUUUUUAUGGACAUCCGGCUGUGGAAGGAAUUGUAUUCUGGGGGUUUUGGGCCCCGCGCCACUGGAGGGGCGUAAAAGGCGCCAUCUUGAAUGCUGAUUUUACGGUGAAUGCUGCCGGGCGUCGAGUUCUAGAUCUGUUAGAGAACCAAUGGACUACGCACGAGACAAGAAAAACAACUAAAACUGGCACCAAUUACUUCACAGUAAACGGUUUCCAUGGUGAUUAUCAGGUCAAGGUCAUGUACCAAGGUCGUGAACUUGCAGAUCAGAGGAAGUCAUUCAGUUUGGGAAAAUCAGCUCAAAAUAUCAAUAUUCAUGUUCAUAAAUAA